AUGGACAAUGCAAGAAUGAACUCCUUCCUGGAAUACCCCAUCCUUAGCAGUGGCGACUCGGGGACCUGCUCAGCCCGAGCCUACCCCUCGGACCAUGGGAUUACAACUUUCCAGUCCUGCGCGGUCAGUACCAACAGCUGCGGCGGCGACGACCGCUUCCUAGUGGGCAGGGGGGUGCAGAUCGGUUCACCUCACCAACACCACCACCACCACCAUCACCACCCCCAGCCGGCUACCUACCAGACUUCCGGGAACCUGGGGGUGUCCUACUCCCACUCGAGUUGUGGUCCAAGCUAUGGCUCACAGAACUUCAGUGCUCCUUACAGCCCCUACGCGUUAAAUCAGGAAGCAGACGUAAGUGGUGGGUACCCCCAGUGCGCUCCCGCUGUUUACUCUGGAAAUCUCUCAUCUCCCAUGGUCCAGCAUCACCACCACCACCAGGGUUAUGCCGGGGGCGCGGUGGGCUCGCCUCAGUACAUUCACCACUCAUAUGGACAAGAGCACCAGAGCCUGGCCCUGGCUACGUAUAAUAACUCCUUGUCCCCUCUCCACGCCAGCCACCAAGAAGCCUGUCACUCCCCUGCAUCGGAGACAUCUUCUCCAGCGCAGACUUUUGACUGGAUGAAAGUCAAAAGAAACCCUCCCAAAACAGGGAAAGUUGGAGAGUAUGGCUACCUGGGUCAACCCAACGCGGUGCGCACCAACUUCACUACCAAGCAGCUCACGGAGCUGGAGAAGGAGUUCCACUUCAACAAGUACCUGACGCGCGCCCGCAGGGUGGAGAUCGCUGCAUCCCUGCAGCUUAACGAGACCCAAGUGAAGAUCUGGUUCCAGAACCGCCGAAUGAAGCAAAAGAAACGUGAGAAGGAGGGUCUCUUGCCCAUCUCUCCAGCCACCCCGCCAGGAAACGACGAGAAGGCCGAGGAAUCCUCAGAGAAGUCCAGCUCUUCGCCCUGCGUUCCUUCCCCAGGGUCUUCUACCUCAGACACUCUGACUACCUCCCACUGAGGCGGCUCCAGUCCCAGACCACAGCCCAGGCAUCUCCUUGGGCUGGGACUUCUUACCCAAAGCACAUGCUUAGCUUAUCUUUCUUUCCAUUUACAGUCUCUUCCUUUCUGAUCCUAUCUGGGGAGCUCCUGGCCAGGAUAAUAUGUUUGCAGAUAAUUCUGGACCAGAGACCUGGUGCCUGGUUAACACCUUAAUCCAGAUUGGGUGCCAGCAUACAUUUUCUGGUGGGCCUUAACAUCCCUCCUGCUUUUAGGAGAAUUCACAGAACCUACUGUUCCUUUCAGAUGACUUUUUGGAAAAUAGUUCCCUUUGUCAACAGAAACAUGCCAGAAGGAAUCUUCUCAUCUUUUAUCUAACUAUAUGUACAGCGCUCUCCUCCCUUGUCCUUGAAAGUAGGAUAUAGUGAAAGGAGAGUCCAGGAGCUCACGAAGAAGAGAUACACUAUGUGUUUACACAAUUAAUUCAUCCCUUAAUUUAAGUCAUUUUCAUGUGUGUGAGUUUGCUGGUUGUAAAUACUUUGUCUUAAGAGAUUUAUCUUUAUACAGAUUUUCUAGAAAUGUUUAGGUUACUAAAACAGGGUGGGCAAACUCUCAAAACUGGUACAAUUUUAUAAGUGAAAGAACAAAUUCCCUCAUUUAAACCCAAUCAGAUGCCUCAGAGGGUAGCCUCAAUUUGUUCUUACAUUUAAGAAGCCCUGCAGAGCACAAAGUUCAGAAAUCCAGCUUCCUGUGCUAAGUCUUUCCCAAUCCCCACUCCUUUCUUCUUGGGCCACCCUCUGUUUAAAAUUUGUGCUGGGUUAUUCAGAACCUAAAAGUAUUAUUCAAACCAACUUCUUCCUUCUAGUUAUCUUAGUUGGAUAUAAUGUAUUUUCAGGUCAAUUGUUAAUGUGAUGGAUGGCACAAUGAAUGUAUAUUUUGUGUGAUUCGUGAAUAGUCUUUUGCAUGUCGCACAAUGUUUGAUGUCCCCGAAGUACCACACUGAGUUCUAUCAGUUAUCCUUUGUGAGCCUAUGAUAUUCCCCAUUUCCUGUACAAUCAUGAAUAGCUCUGAGAUCCUGGAGAGAUAUGAUCCAGAGCAGAGUUUACGGGUCUUAGGAUGUCUGUAAUAAAUAAAUAUACUCAAGUUUCAGGUAUGCUUAAGCAUCCAUGUAUUUGGCUGGGCUACAAUUUGUUAAUUCCUACGAAGUUGGCAUAUUUCAUGAGGGGAAAGGGAGAAGGGUGGUAAAUAUUUUCAAAGAGAUGGGGCUUUUCUUGAAUAAAAGUUAGUAACAGCUCCUUUAUUAUAAUCAAAGCUCAUAAUGGAAAAAAAAAAGACUGAUGAAGAAAUUUAUGAAGCAGAUUUAUUUUUGAAACAAACAUGGACACUUCCUGGGUCAAGUGCUAACCUUUUCACCUCCAACUGGAUGUUGACAUAUAUAUACACAGAACUCCCUUCAAAAGCCA